AUGGCAGACAAGGAGGCUAGUGCAAAUAGGGCACCAAAACUUGCGAGCCUACACCUCUCUGAGGAGACACAUGGCGCUGAGGAGAGAGAUGGCGCUGACUUGGGGAGUGACUUGUCCUUUGACAUCGAAAUUGAGAUCACAGAACUGGGUCUGAUGGCAACUGGAGAUGGUGCUGGUACUGGAGAUAGCCAUGCGCUUAGCCAUGGCAGUACAGAAUUUCAAGGUUCAGGCCCAGGAGAUGGUGGUGAAUGUAGUGAUGGUGAUGGGGCUGGUGCCGAUGACAGUGAUGGAGGCCAAACGCAUCUUACCGGCCUGGAGAACUUGGCCUCUGCUGAAAGCAACGUAGUCAAAAUGGUCUACUAUGACAUACAGGAAGAACAUGAGGUGGAGUUCAUGGAGGAAAAUAGUGAUGAAGAAGAAGAGCCUGAGGUAUGUGUCCAGCCCAUCGGGACCAUCGGCGGGCACAAUAUGUUUAAUUACACCAGGUCACUAGAGGAGUGGCUAGCCUCGGAGACAUCUGCUCUCCCGAGGCCUCGCUGGAAAGUCAUUUCUGGGCUGCGGGACAGGCAAUUGGGAUCAAGUCCUCGCUUUGUGUACGACGCCUGUGGGGCAAGAGCCUUUGUCCAGCGCUUCUGCCUCCAGUAUUCUCUUGAAGGCCAUGUACAACGUGUGAACACUGUGCACUUUAACCAGCGUGGGACCCUCCUGGCCAGUGGCAGUGAUGACGUGCAUGUGAUUGUGUGGGACUGGGUACAUAGGAAGCCAUUACUGAACUUUCCUAGUGGCCACCAAAGUGAUGUCCUGCAGGCUAAGUUUCUUCCUAAUUGUGAUGAUUCUACGUUGGUCCUGUGUGGCAGUGAUGGGCAGGUACGGGUGGCACACCUGUGCGCAGUGCCUUCCACCAUUACUGAGCAUUUGGUGAGGCAUAGGGGAGCAUCUCACAAGUGUGCUCUUGAGCCAGACUCUCCUUUUAAGUUCCUCACGUGUGGUGAAGAUGGUGUUGUGUUCAACAUUGACCUCCGACAAAGACCGCCAGCUUCAAAAUUACUGGUAGCCAAAGAAAAUAAUACAAAAGUGGGACUGUAUACAAUCUAUAUGAAUCCUGCUAAGAUCUACCAGUUUGCAGUGGGUGGAGAAGACCAGUAUGUAAGGAUUUACGACCAGAGGAAAUUUGAUAACAGAGAGAACAAUGGAGUGCUCAAGAAGUUCUGUCCUCAUCACUUGGUCCACAGAGAAUACCCACCAUACAUCACCUGCCUUGUGUACAGUCACGAUGGCACAGAGCUCCUAGCCAGCUAUAAUGAUGACGACAUCUACCUCUUCAAUUCCUCAGAUGGUGGUGGAGCUAAGUACCUUAAGAGAUACAAGGGACACAGAAAUUAUGCCACAGUGAAAGGUGUCAAUUUCUACGGCCCCAGAAGUGAAUUUGUGGCAAGUGGUAGUGACUGUGGACACAUAUAUAUAUGGGAAAAAUCGUCCUGCCAGAUUGUUCAAUUCUUGGAGGCGGAUGAGGGAGGAACCAUAAACUCUAUUGAUCCUCAUCCUAACCUACCUGUGAUGGCAAGCAGUGGCCUCGAUCAUGAAGUAAAGAUCUGGGCACCCACAGCUGAAGCUCCAACUAAGCUUGCUGGGAUAUGGGAUUUCCUUCAGAGUAACAGGUGGAAGCAAGAUGACUUUACCAUGCAGUGUACUCCACUGUACAACAGCCAAAUUUUUUGGCCCUCCACAGAUCACAUGACCCAGCCUUCCUGGCAGCCUUGGAAUACUCCUACAUUUGGUGACAAUGAUGUGAACUUAGAUUUCACAGAUUCUUCUAGAAGCUCUGAAGAGGACGAAAUCCAAGAGUGA